UCAUGUGUUGUUGGUCUGUGGUGUUGUUGUCUGACUGUGUACCCUAGUGAUUAUUUAUUUCGUUAUUUUGAUUGUUGUUUUACAAUGGUUUACCACAACAAAUGUUGCGUUCCUUAUUGCAAAAGUAUAUCUAAUAUAAGACAUGCAUUCUCUAAUCCAGAUAAAGAUAUAAAUAGGUUAAAGAAAUGGAUACUGGUAAUUAAUAACUUGGAACUGAUGGAAAUGAACCCAAAAGAAGUUUACGGUUCUAGAAGGCUGUUUGAUAGUCAUUUUGAGGCAAAAUACAUUUCUGCUUGGUCUCACAAGUUAUUUGGGAACGCUGUUCCAACUCUAAAUCUUCCUGGUUCAACAGGCUCAAAUGACGUAUAUGAUAAUCCAUCAACAUCUAAGUCUUCAAAUAGUUCUGCUCAAGAAAGUGCUCAAUUUAAUGAGUUAGUUAUUGAGAUUCCAGAAUUGAACGAAUCUUCUCACAGUAUUGAAGGUAAUGAAUAUAAACAUACAGACAUAUAUCGAAUUGUAUGUUCUCAAUGAAUUAUCAUUCACACCAAAAUUUGUUAAUUUCCUUAAGAGAAUAUGGUGGAUCUUUCACUAGAAGAUUGUGUUACCCAACGUUAUCAUUUCUCACUUCUUUUUAUGAUAUUGUCCAAGUGAUAAACUAUUGUUUAGAUAAACAACCAUACUCCAAACAUUUAAUUCGUAUAAUUGAAAAUACAAUGAGCGGCAAGGUUAGCUUUGAAUUCUUAUCUUGCAACAAAGAGGAACAUAAAAAUAAUAUAAUUCAAUUUGUUAUAAAAUUCACCAUAACAACUAUCGCACAUAAUUGGUGCAAGCGUGUAAAUCAAAUUAUACAGGGAAAAUCGAAACUGUAUACAGGUACAAAUGUAAUUAAAUUACAAGCCAAUAAAAUUCGUUUGAACAGAAUAAAGAAAAAGAAUUCUAAGCAACCUGAACAUAUAAUCACACAAAAUGUUUAAUGUUGAAAUGUUCUGAAUAAAAAAUCUAUAAUAAUUCA